AUGUCUUCGACAACCACCCGCGACAUCAUCCUUGACGCCGGACUCGGCAACGCUACCGCCAUGACUCUCGACAAUUACACCUUCCCCAAGGAGCGGCUGCGCAAGACACUUUCAAACCCGAAGAAGCAGCCCAUCGUCCUCGUCUCUUGUGGCUCUUUCUCCCCGCCGACAAACCUACAUUUGCGCAUGUUCGAAGAGGCCGCCGACUACUGCGAAUUCGAGACAGACUUUGAGGUCGUCGGCGGUUUCUUCAGCCCCGUCGGAGACGCAUACAAAAAGGCCGGCCUGGCGUCGGCGCAUCACCGAAUCAGCAUGACGAGGAUCGCCGUAGAGGGUAGCUCGAAAUGGAUCGGCGUUGAUCCGUGGGAGCCGCUGCACAAGGAGUACCUGCCCACCGUCAAGGUGCUGGACCACUUCGACCACGAGCUGAACGAGGUCAUGGGAGGAAUCGAGACAUCCACAGGCGAGAAGCGACGCAUCCACGUUGCGCUGCUUGCGGGCGCCGACCUGAUCCAGACGAUGAGCACGCCCGGAUUGUGGGCUCGCGAGGACCUGAGCAGAAUUCUUGGCCAUUAUGGCGCAUUCAUUCUCGAGCGCAGCGGCACCGAUAUCGACGACGCCCUUGUUCAGCUCCAGCAAUGGAGAGAGAGCAUCCGCGUGAUUCCACAACUUAUUCAAAACGACGUAUCAUCGACCAAGAUCCGCCUGUUCCGCAAACGGGGCAAGAGCAUCCGCUACUACAUUCCUGACCAGGUCGUCGACUACAUCUACGAGCACGAUCUCUACAUUGAUGACGAGAAGAAGCAGGCAGAGAAGGACAAGGAAUCGGUCUCUAGCGAUAGCGCUAGUUCGUCACAGUCAUGA